AGAUGGAUGGCACUCAGCCCCUCCUACUUUCAACCCUCUUCUUUAUUUUCCUGCGAAGGAAUCCAUCUGUACAGAUCGGGCGGGAGGGAGGUGGAGGAGGGUGCGCGUGUGUGCGCGCGUGUGUGUGCGCGCGCGUGUUGGCCGAGCGGUUCCCUCUCCGCGUUCUUUGCCAAUAACCGUCGCUGGGUCUCCAGGCGGUAGCGAAGUCUUGGUGGCUCCGGGAGCCGGCUUCUGACCGGGCUGACAGCCGGCCCCCUCGGCACGCGACCUCCUCCCGGCCCGCGCCCCGGCCGGCCCGGCGCGCUCUCCUCCUCUCCCGCGCUCGCCCUCUCGCCCUCUGGCGGGACGCGCGCUCCCGUUAGCUCAGGACCUGGUGUCUGAGUCGCUGGCGCGAGCAGUGAAACCCCGAGACCCGGCGCCUGAGGCCUGGCCGGGGUCCCCGCGCCCCGCUCGGUGCGCUGUGAUUGGCGGAGGAGCUCGUACUCUCUGGGACCCCGCCGGUGCCAAGAGGGCGCCUUCAGUCCGCCCGCUAGCGGAGCGGCGCGCACAGCGUCCCGAGGCGCCCGCGGCCCCCGACCACUGAGCACGCGUCCUUUCGGAUGCAAACGCCUGGGUUCCUGGCGCCUGACGCCACCAAGAGGGCAGCGGGGCCCCAGGUACCUAUUGCACCAUUCUUUGGCAAAAGCUGUUCAGCAGUGGUGAUCUCUUCCAAUCCAACACUCUACAAAUUAUUAUCUCUGGACUCCCAGCUGACAUCCUGCCGGAGGCAAGAUCUACUAAGCCAACUGGAACUGUGCCUUUUCUCUUGUCAAGUUUUUUUUCUUACACAGGAAAAAGAAAGAAGAAGAAAAAAAGAGAUGAAGUUGGGCAAAGUGGAGUUCUGCCAUUUUCUGCAGCUCAUAGCUCUCUUCCUGUGCUUUUCUGGGAUGAGUCAAGCGGAGCUCUCAAGGUCUAGAUCGAAGCCCUAUUUCCAGUCAGGAAGGUCCAGGACCAAGCGCAGCUGGGUGUGGAAUCAGUUCUUUGUGCUGGAAGAAUACAUGGGUUCAGAUCCACUCUAUGUAGGAAAGCUUCACUCUGAUGUUGAUAAGGGAGAUGGUUCCAUCAAAUACAUCCUGUCUGGCGAGGGGGCAAGUUCCAUUUUCAUUAUUGAUGAGAACACGGGCGAUAUUCAUGCUACCAAAAGGCUGGAUCGGGAGGAACAGGCCUACUACACGCUCCGAGCUCAAGCACUGGACAGACUCACCAACAAACCCGUGGAGCCUGAAUCGGAAUUUGUCAUCAAAAUUCAAGAUAUCAAUGAUAAUGAACCCAAAUUUUUGGACGGACCAUACACAGCAGGAGUUCCUGAAAUGUCUCCAGUGGGGACUUCAGUGGUUCAGGUGACAGCAACUGAUGCUGAUGAUCCUACCUAUGGUAACAGUGCUCGAGUGGUCUACAGCAUUCUGCAAGGACAGCCUUAUUUCUCGGUGGAACCAAAAACAGGAAUCAUCAAGACUGCCCUUCCAAACAUGGAUAGAGAAGCUAAGGACCAGUAUUUGCUUGUCAUUCAGGCAAAGGAUAUGGUUGGUCAAAAUGGUGGACUGUCAGGAACUACAUCAGUCACCGUGACCCUAACUGAUGUCAAUGAUAACCCACCUCGCUUUCCUAGAAGAUCUUACCAAUAUAAUGUCCCAGAAUCAUUACCUGUAGCCUCAGUUGUGGCCAGAAUUAAAGCUGCCGAUGCAGAUAUAGGAGCAAAUGCUGAAAUGGAAUAUAAAAUUGUGGAUGGUGAUGGACUGGGAAUUUUCAAGAUAUCUGUUGACAAAGAUACACAGGAAGGAAUAAUUACUAUACAGAAGGAGCUGGAUUUUGAAUCCAAAACUAGUUAUACCCUAAGGAUAGAAGCUGCAAAUAAAGAUGCAGAUCCUCGCUUUCUGAGCUUGGGGCCAUUCAGUGACACAACCACGGUGAAGGUCAUUGUAGAAGACGUGGAUGAGCCACCAGUGUUUUCUUCACCUUUGUAUCCCAUGGAGGUGUCAGAAGCGACCCAAGUUGGGAACAUCAUUGGCACAGUAGCAGCUCAUGACCCAGACUCUGCCAAUAGCCCUGUGAGGAAUCGAACUCAUGACCACACACUUUCCAGGUAUUCAAUUGACAGAAACACAGACUUGGAGAGAUACUUCAAUAUUGAUGCCAACAGUGGAGUUAUUACAACUGCAAAAUCUUUGGAUCGAGAGACAAAUGCCAUUCAUAAUAUCACGGUCCUUGCAAUGGAGAGCCAGAAUCCAUCUCAGGUAGGAAGAGGUUAUGUGGCCAUCACAAUCCUUGACAUCAAUGAUAAUGCCCCAGAGUUCGCCAUGGACUAUGAGACCAUGGUCUGUGAAAAUGCACAACCUGGACAGGUUAUCCAGAAAAUCAGUGCUGUUGAUAAAGAUGAGCCCUCCAAUGGACACCAGUUCUACUUCAGUUUAACGGUGGAUCCAACGAAUAAUCACAACUUUUCCUUGAAAGAUAACAAAGACAAUACAGCCUCAAUUCUAACGCGGAGAAGUGGCUUCCGGAGACAGGAGCAAUCUGUGUACUAUCUGCCGAUCUUCAUUGUGGACAGUGGGUCCCCCUCUCUCAGCAGCACCAACACCCUCACCAUCCGUGUGUGUGACUGCGACGUGGAUGGCAUAGCCCAGACUUGCAAUGCAGAGGCCUACGUCUUACCCGCCGGCCUCAGUACAGGAGCCCUGAUAGCGAUACUUGCCUGUGUCUUGACGUUGUUGGUGCUGAUCCUCCUUAUCAUCACCAUGAGAAGACGGAAAAAAGAGCCCCUCAUUUUUGAUGAAGAAAGAGAUAUCAGAGAAAAUAUAGUCAGAUACGAUGACGAAGGUGGAGGAGAGGAAGAUACAGAAGCAUUUGACAUGGCUGCACUGAGAAACCUCAACGUCAUCAGGGAUACAAAGGCCCGGAGGGAUGUGACUCCAGAGAUUCAGUUCCUGAGUCGACCGACUUUUAAAAGCAUCCCAGAUAAUGUCAUUUUUCGGGAAUUUAUUUGGGAAAGACUGAAAGAAGCUGACAUUGACCCGGGCGCCCCGCCAUAUGACUCUUUGCAGACCUAUGCCUUUGAAGGAAAUGGCUCAGUAGCAGAAUCACUCAGCUCUUUAGAUUCCAUCAGCUCAAACUCUGACCAGAAUUAUGACUACCUAAGUGACUGGGGACCUCGCUUUAAAAGACUUGCAGACAUGUAUGGAACUGGCCAAGAGAGUUUGUACUCAUAGCCCAAGAACCUUAAUUUAAAAUGUACUGAAGAAAAAAGUAACAUAAAACAACAACAACAACAACAAAAACUACACACAGAAAGCAAGAACUCCAUGAGUUGGGGGAAAAUGGUUGUAAAUAUGUCUCCAUUUUUAACUGUUUAGGUUUCUGCCUUGGUGAAGCGUAUCUUCAUUAGAUUUAUCCAAGGGACUGCACUGACCACAGACUCUGAGCAUUUGAAGAUUUUUUAAUAUAAAAGAAAUGCUCAGUAGUUUGUGAAUAGAUAGCAACUCUAAUAUACCUGCAAAGGCACCUGAUUUCCGUGAGUCAAUAGUGCACUGUGUUAUCAGUGAGCUAAUGAGGUCCUGGACAAACCUUCAUGGUACUGUCAGUAAGAGGAUAGAACUCUCAGUUAGAGGAAUGUGCCAUCAGAAAGUUCUGAAACUUCUUGCAUUUUAAAGGUUGGCACAAAUUCAAUUUAUGGCAAUGCUUUUAGCUUACUAAUAUGAUAGAAUUCAGCAGAAUUUUAUUGCUAUGGUUAGAAAAAUAUUUUAUUUAGCAAUAUAUAAAUUCUCAGAAUAGCUUUGCUAAUUGAAAACCCUUUAAUAACAGCCAGUAAAAUUUGAUGUGAAGCAAACGCAAAAAGUCAUUGCUUUUACCAAUAAAUAAUGAAAUGUUCCAAAUAAGAAAAAGGUAAAUGAUUCUUCAAGUUUGUAAUAGCUUUGAGAUGCUUGUGUAGGUAUGAUUUUAAAAAGAAGUUGCUGUCUAUUCAUUACUUUUUAUUAUCUCUUCUGAUUUGUACAGGAGAAUAUGUUCUCUUUUUUGUUUGACACAUGGUGUUACAUUUGUUUUGGAGCUCCAGUCUCCACUAAAUUCAGGUCCAUCUUACCGCCUCAUAGUGUACAUUUCCUCUGAACCUGCUGGGUUUUCUCCAGCCCGAGCUACAGGAAGGAGAUGAAGCAUGGAAUGGAGAGAGAAAAGGACGGCGACUGAGCCUUGUCCCAGUUCACAUCUAAAGAAGAGCACAGCUACAAGGACAUAUAGAGAUUGUUCUUCUGGGCCAUUAGAAUGCAUCAAUCAUUUGAAUACAAUAUCUGUGUUUUUAUAAAGACUUCAGAGACAAUUGGAAUUUUCUCUGAUGCAAGAUUUAUUUUCCAAGGUCAUGAGUUCUAUGGGUUCCAAAAAAUGUUUAAAAAUUAGCCUCCCAGCCUCUUUUGCUAUAAAUGUAUUAAAUACUGAAUUUUUAAAAAAUUCAGCAUAAAUUUCAAACCCAUCUUUAAAUUCUAAUGCAAAUGUUUCCCUGAAGAACAAACCGAAUGUUGCAUAAUUUCUCUUGUGGUUUAGAUGUGCCAAAGUGAAAAGAGUAAUUACGAGUCAUCACUUGUGCUUAAAUUGUAUCUCAGUGUUAGACAUUUUUUCUAACCAAAAUAAUAUUUCUACUUAUUUUUUUGGAUUAAUACUUGUUUGAUGUGCUCAUAGUCAAGUAAGAGUGGAUUUCCUCCCUUACAUCCUGCUCUUUAAAAAGAUAAUUCAUUUCCUGGCUCCUAACAAAUCUAGAUAGUGAACACUGUGUAGGAAAUUGUGUUCUGUAAGUACUUCUUUCUUAAGGAGGACUGGAACCAGAAUAUUAAUAUGGUGAUUACAUAAGGAGAAGCUAUGUAGGAUUAGGUGAACUUGCCAUUCAUCUUUAGAAACACAGUGUGUGAAAGUGGCCUUCAGCUUCAUAAAAAUAAAUAAUUCAAUGAAUUUGACUAUCUGCAAAUAGUACCUUGAUUUGAAUAAUUUUUAGAUGUUUCAUGACCAGUUAGAAAUGCUUCUUGCUAUAUAAGUAUGCAUAUACAUAAAAAAUUUUAUGAAAGUGUAAAAGAUACUGUUUAUAUCUUUUAGGAUUACAUGUGCAAGUUUUCCAUAUAAAAAAUAGUACACUUGCCCUGUUAAAUAAAACCAGACUGUUGUCAGGACUUACAUAGAUGCUAAAUCUGCAAGACACUGAAGAAACAGUUUCAUAAUAAUUUCCUGGUCUGAAAGAGGAUAAAAUAGCUUAGUACAUUUGGAUUAUGGUUUCAAAACUGUGAUUUUUGCACAUAUCACUGAAUAAAGGUUUAGAAAUACUGUAGAAAAGGCUCCUCACAUCGUAUAUAAUGUUCUCUGUUCUGUUAAUAUGUGUGUGUAUUCUCCUUUUAAAAUUUUCUUUCAUAUUUUCCAGUAAUACACUGGUAAAAAGAAAAGUUCUAGUUUGAAUUUUUGGAAUACUUCGAUUGAUAUUUGUAUGUAAAGUAUUGCAAAAUUGUGUUGAACUUUGUUCAAUAGUAUUUUUAAAAAUUGUGUGAGAUAGCUGAAAGUCCCUACUACAAUAAUGUUUAUGCAAAAUACUUUAGGAUUAAUUGCAAUAGUAUCAAAUUUUUAACUUUUAUUUUAGUUUUGCUUUUUUUCUUAGAAUUUAAUAUUAAAUAUCUGAUGCAAUGCUUCAGAGAUAGGGUUUUUUUUUAAAAGAGACUGAAUUAGUUGAUUGAUAAAAUCAAUCAUAAAAUUAAUUGUGAUUCUCCAAAUAAUCAUUUAAAUAAAUAUCUGCCAAUUAGAUAAUUGAAUUCCACAUUUUCCAAGAAACAGUCAGUAGCAGCUCUCAAAAUUCAUUGUGUACAACUUAUCUGUGUCUCCUUAAGGUAGUUCUAUUUGGGUGGGUUGAUGUCAGGUAUGUUGGGAAUAUUUGAACCUACAUGUUAGCUACCACUGUGCAUUUUUUUCUGGAUAACCACAUUUUUAUGCUUAUUAAAACUUCAGUUUUUAUUUUAUAAAAAGUAACCCCAUGGUCAUAGAUACAGUAUGAAUGAAUAGGAUAUAAAAUGGUGACUUGAGAGGAAUUUGUGUUAUAUCUUAUUAUAAAUAUGAAUACACAAGGAAAUAAUUUACUCAUAGAAAAUCUCUGGAACUACUUGUAAAAAAAGAUGACGAUAUUUUAGGGAGAUAUAGCUUAACAAUUUCAAGUUCAAACAUCAGUUUAGGACAUCAAUAAAUUUAAAUAUUUUACAUUUCAUCUAUACAGAGAUACCAAGACAGACUCAUAGACCACAAAAUAAUGUGCUCUUUGAACAAUUUAGUUUCAUAAAACUUAAUUGCAUUGUAUUUCUCAUUGUUCAAUUGUUGUUAUUGCAUAAUUUUAAACCAGCAUAAAGUAUGGAAACCAAAUUUUACCAAGAAAGUGUACUGCCACAUAUCAAGUCACAAUUGUCAUCUUGAUUCACAGAUCAGUUUUUCUUAUAAAGCAAUACUUCAAGUUCAGCUGCAGACCCAAACAGGAAAGAGACAUUAAGGAAACACUAGACAAUUGGAGGCAAUGUUCAUAUUUUCUGCAAGCAGUCACUAUAUGUAUAUGGUAAAGUGCUUUUCUUUGCCAUGAAAAUCCACUAAAGCUGUCUGCAGUCAGAGUUUGAUAGCAUGAUGUGUGUGGAAAGUAAAAGUGUUUAAGUGAUGAUAGCUGCUUUUUUACUCAGCUUCUGAGAAGGUUCUAAAUUAUUUUAACUUCAUGCACAAUUACAUUUACUAUAUUGGAUGAUGAGCAGACAUAGGCAAUUAUUCUCAUGAAAAUGGAAUGGUUGUACAAGAUAUGAGUAAUAUUUUUGAUAUGACCCACAUACUCAAAAAAUGCAAAUGCUAAUAGUGUCAGCAUUUACAUUCAAAUAUAAAAUCUAACAGAACUUAAACUAUUAAGUAUAUUGCAGGAGGUACGACAAUUUAGUUUCAAUAUUUUAAAGUGCUUAAGCACCAGCUAUAAAUAUUAAUGGUUACAUUUUCAAUUCUCACUUGACAUCCAUUGACUUACAAACUAUUCUAAUUACCAUAAUUGUUUUUUUUUUUUUAAAUAAGCAUUUAAGGGUUUACUUAGAGUUAAUCUAAUUAUAGUUGAUUAAAGCUUCAACUUACUUUGUUAACCAAUUUUGGAAAGCGAUGGCUCCAGGCAGGGGAAAUACAUUUGGUAAUAGUCAAGCCAAAUUUCUGUUAGUCUGUGUUUUUUUAUUUCUUAUCUUCAUAUGUGCUUAGUUACUUUCAAUCACUGAUAAUAUAUAUUAUGUGAUAUAUGAUAGUGUAUGAAAGUUUGUCAUGUAAAGCUAGUAUAAUUAUAUUAGCCAUAUAGAUACAAAAAACAGUAAGAAAGGGACUAAUAACACUUGCAGUUUGAAUAUAAUUCAAUUUUUUUUUUUCCAAAAUGGGAUCAUCUCUGGACCAAAUGGAAGGAUUCUAGGGCUGCAAUUGGGAAAACACUGCAAUGUAUAAUUCCAUAGAUACUUUUUCAAGCAAGAGAAAAUUGCAAGCAUAUGUAAUCUUCUGACAUUUUUUUCAUUGUAGCAAUAACUGCUACUGGCUCAUAUUUGAUAGAAAAGGCAAUGUGCUUCUGUGUGUGCGUGUGUGUGUGUGUGUGAGUGUGUAUGUGUGUGUGCACACAUAUGAGAAUUUGGGACACAUUGCAAAGUAUGUCUUAAUGUUAAUAAAAUGAGUCUAAUAUCAACUAACACCAAUAUAUAAUUAUCAUUUUCCUAGAAAAUCUUGGUCCUGACUAGAGGGAGAAAUAUUUUAUUUUUUUAGCAAUCCAAUAUAUAUUACGAAAAGGAUUUUGACGGCUAACCGAAGAUGAUUUGCUGACUUGUAUAAUUCCCAUAUUUUAUUUUUAUUAUGUGAAUGUGGAUUCAUUAUUAACACAGACAAUUGUUUGUGAAUUACUAUAGAAUGUCACCUUCUCACUAUCAAUGCUAUGUGCUAAAAAUUUCCCUGGUCUGUGGUUACAAAAUCUAUGUCCAAGGCUCAUUACAAACUUGUUUUUACUGAGCCUUAUAUGUCAUUCUGAUUUGCUAAACUUUUAUCUAUUUAUGGUUAGAAUUGAGUAGGACUAUUUGGUCUAUUUCUGAGGCUUGUAAAAUGAUUUAGUGAAAGUACUGUACUCUGUAAUCUGUAAAACACUGAAAAUGUAAGGAAAUAUGAAACAUGUUAAAAGGUUGAUUAUAUUUAUUAUUAUAUUUAUUAUAUGGUAAACACUGAUAAUUUAUUUUGGAAGAAAUAUACCCUGACACAGCAUAUGUGCAAUUUAGAAUUUUAAUUUAGAAAAACAGUAUUAAAAGCAGGAGACAAUUGGCAUAAUUAUUUGAAACCAGGCUUUAAAAACUUUACAUCUUUAAAGUUUGUAGUCUAACGCAAGAUAAUUCAACUAUUUAAAAUAAUUAAUAGAUCAAUAAUGACAAAGGAUUACAAAUAACAAUUCUCUCCUACUCAUAAUGAUAACUGAGUAGAAGAUAAUUUUAGAUGAUCCCAGACUCACUGCAGAAAUACAAAUAUACUCGAAUAAGAGCAUUACUAAAAGAGAAUUAUAAGUAGAACAGGAGGCUUUGCAGAGCUAGAGAAUAGAAGAAAAAUAAGUGAGGAUAUAAUAAAAUUCAAUAACAUCAAUUAUGGUGGCCUAUAUAAUUAAUACAUUUGAAAGAAUUAAAAUACAUUCAACAUAAAAACAUCCUGAAUGCAAUAUACUAUUGCUUUGAUUGCAAUAACUUACAGUGAUAUAUACUAGCCUUUUAUGAAUUAAACAAUACCAGAAAACUUAAAAUUAGUGUCCAGUGUUUGUCUACUAUUUGUUAGUGAUUCGCUAUUCAUCAUAUGAUUGUCAAUAAAACCUGUUCUCAAAUAUUAGUUAUCUGGUUGCUUGAUGUUUAAACAAAAGUUAUUUACAAAUACAUUGAUAUCUGUAUGAAGAGAAAGUUGAGAAGUCCAGUAUAUGCACAUUCAAGUCCAUUGAUUCUUACACUAUAAUUUCAUUAGUUAAUGUAAUUAUGCUAAAAGUUUGUAUUUUUAUAAACAGGCAAAAUUAUAUGAUACACUACUGCUUCACACUGUAUUUUUGUGAAUAUAAAUAAUACGGUUUUGUAUAUCAAGACCAGGAUUUUGUUAUGCAUUAUACAUGAUCAGUAUAAAAAGUCACUUUUUAAAAAAUACAUUUGAUAAGUACAUGGCAAUUACAUAUGUGUAAAAUAUUCACAAACAUACAUACAGAUAACCUCUAUCUUUGUAUACACAUUUAUGUGUAUGCAUAGGUAAAUACCUACACACACAAUUUGAGGUUAAAUGUUGCUUUAAAUAAAUUCCUUUUUAUGCUCUGUUUAUAGUUUCAAACAAAAUUAUGGGUAUCAGACCCAGCUUCUACCAUUAAAUUGAGUUACUAUGCUGCAAAAAAUAAAGAAUGUUUGUGGUAGAGCAUUUCUUUGUUAUAGAUAUCAGAGUUGCUCAAAAUGUGGAGAAUUUAAAAUUUCAUAUAUUUAAAAUACACAAUACAAAUUUCAUUAAAAGUAUUAAUGCAUAUUGAGGUUCCGUUAUAAUUACAUUAGAAAAAAACUGAAAUGUUUUUGAUUACUUUAGUGAUUGAAUAAAGUUAUAAAAAUAUUGAAAACUAAUUGUAUUGAUCACUAGAUCGAUUUUGAAAAUUGAGUUCUAAUUAACUACAAAAAUAAAAUAUGAUGCUUAAAACAGAUUAAAUAUAGGCAAAACGCUGAAGAAUUUCUUUCUGAAAUUAUACACUACCUGUCAUAAUCAAGUAUUUCAGAUUUUUAAAGAAGAUAUAGGAAGUAAAGUUUCAAAGCUAUCGGAUUAUGGAAGUGUACAUAAAGUAUGCAAUUAACAAAUCAAAUUUAGGCAAACACAGUUAUAAUUUGAUAUCUCUUUAUUGUCAUGUUCUAUUGUUGCGUGUUAUAUUGUUUUUUUAAAUAAAAAUCUGACACAUGUUAAUAUAUUAUAGAAAAAAUAAUUUUCCCAAAUUCUGAUGAGCAAAAAUAUGAGAAAGAAAAUGAGAACUUCUAUUUGUCACAUUUUCAGUUGUGAUAGUGAUGUCUAAUUGGCUUCUAACUUAUACCUCUUGAUAACUUGGCACAUGAAAUGAAAUGAGUAUCGUUGUAAUGCAAGUUUGCUGUGUUAUUCUGAGUAACUGAUAUUUAUAUAAAAUUACCAUAAUAAAAUUUGCCUUGUAUUUUCAUUUAAGUUCCAGUAAGUCCUAAUA